CUUGUUUGUUGCUUGUUAAUUACCUGCCUGGUACGUGAAGUUCGGGCGGAGAUCUUUUCAAUUCUCCGAACUUCACGUUACAAACGAAGAAACUGCAUUUAUUCCCAAGUUAGACAACGCAAAAAUGGACUACCUCGACAAUGUCGACGCUCAGACACUGAGUAUUAUCAUUCAGACGCAGCUGGAGGACCUCCAGGAAAUCGCACGCACUCAUGCGCCCAAAGGCAAGGGCCCGCGCAGGGGAGCACGAUGCCAGCACCGACUUGAUCGCUGCCAUUAACGCCUAUAACGCCGAACUGACCGCCACGGCACAGAUCUUGGCCGACGAGGCCAUGUGCAAGAGCAUCGCCAACGCCGUGGAUACUGAUGCCGACUUGAUCAGCGCCGCCCUGUCACAGGAAGACCAACUUCUCCAGGACAGAGAGUUUGCCUUCACCCUGAGCGGUCAGCAACGCCCGGCCGCGACCAGCGCCCAGGAUGUCUCCCAGAAGUCGUUCUUAUCGACUACCACCGACGAGGACAUGCUCAAGAAGCUGAGGGCGCUCAACAUUUCCCCUUCCCCCGCUGCCCACCGUUCCUACUCGGAGCAAACGCACGUGGACCAGCCCGAGUCCUCUUCCUGGGCGCAGAGCAGACGCCACCCGCCCGCCCCCAAACCAGCACCCAAACCAGCAAUACGCAAGCCAGCCGCAGCGAGCAGACCCUGUGUCGCCUGCACCGACAACCACCCGGACAACCACCUCGCCAAAAGCCCCUCCUGCGGCCACGAAUACUGUCUGGGCUGCCUCCGGUCGCUGUUCACGUCCUCCCUCACCGACGAGACGCUCUUCCCCCCCAAGUGCUGCGGGCAGCCGCUCCCCAUCGACGCGUGCAGGCGCUUCCUCACGCAGGCCAUCGUGGGCCAGUACCAGGCCAAGAAGAUCGAGUUUGAGACCCCCAACCGCACCUACUGCCACCGGCGGCCCUGCUCGGCGUUCGUGCCGCCGCAGUUCGUCCGCGGCGGGAUCGCCCAUUGCGCCCAGGCGGGCUGCCGGGCCCAGACCUGCGCCGUCUGCAAGGGCGAGGCCCAUUCCGGCAGCGACUGCCCCCAGGAUCCUGCCACGCAGGAGAUGCUUCGGCUGGCGGCCGCCGAGAACUGGCAGCGCUGCUACGCGUGUGCCCGGUUCGUGGAGCUGGAUACCGGGUGUAAUCAUAUUACUUGCCGCUGCAGCGCCCAAUUCUGCUAUGUCUGCGGCGAACGCUGGAAGACGUGUCCGUGUGAUCAGUGGGACGAGAGGCAUCUGCUGAACCGCGCCAACGUCGUCGUGGACCGGCAUGCCGGGGCUCGACCGAUGCCCCAGGCCCAACGAGCGGGCCUGGUGGAACGGGAGAUGGCCAACUUGGUGGAAAACCAUGAGUGCCAGCACAGGUCCUGGAGGUCGCGUGGCGGCAGCCACCAGUGUGAGGAGUGCUACCACACCCUACCGAAUUUCAUCUACGAGUGUCGGCAGUGCCAAAUCCUGGCUUGCCGUCGCUGCCGCUUCAAUCGGCUCUAGCCUCCUGACGACAAACGGAUUGGUUAUCUUGUUAACUGGGGCGAAUCAAUGGCCCCCCCGGUCGUCCGGCUCAUGAAGUACAGAUUCUUGUUGGUCCAGAAUUAGAUCACGGGAAGCUGAGGUUGUACGACUUCCCGCCCCCGAGCGAGUAGCAAUUGACUGGGUUGAGUCAGAACUUCAGGUUCAUGGGCAAUAUAGGUAGUCCUACGGCGCAGCAAUGAAUAGAGGAACCACCCAGGCGAGAGGGAGACGUUAAACCCUAACCCUACUCUCCCAGGCAGCAAAAUUCCCUUCAAUGCUACCUACCUCCUGCCAGUUUCAUGCUUCCAAAC